AUGAGUAAUAGAAAUGUGAGUGAAAGAGUUGAAGAACAAGUAGGGGGUAGCAUAAAAAAGUGUGUAGAGAGUAAAUUAGAAAAUAAAAAUAUUCAUGUUAAAAAAAUAAAACAAUUUUUCAAAUUAAAAAACAAAUAUUAUAAGUUUGUAAAAAAAAAAUAUAGGUUAAAGAUAUGGAGUUGUUAUAAAGUAAAAGGUAGAACAGAAAGGUGGGAGAAAAAACAAAAUAAACCAAAAGAAUUUAAAUAUUAUACAGAUAUAGGAUUGUUUUUAAAAAAAUUGAUUGAUGAUAUAUUCGAAUUAGUUAGAGAAAUGUAUAUAGAGAUAAGUAGCUAUUUAAAAGAGGUGCUCCCCAACAUUAAUAUAAAAUAUAUUAUAUAUGUUUUUUUUAUGUGUAUUUUUGUAAAUAUAAUAUUAUUUAUUUGUUCAUUAUUUGUUUAUUUCUUUUUGUAUUUUUAUAUAAUUCCACAAAAUAAAUAUGUCUAUAAAAUAAACUUUUCAUUGGCACGUGAUCCUAUUGAUACCUAUUUAAGCAUAGAAGAUUUUUGUGACAAAAAAAAUAAAAUAAAUGAGAAUACUUUUUGCCUGAACAGUCAGGAAAAAAAAUGCUUAAAAGAUUUAAAUUUUUUUUUUAAAAAUGAAAAUGUAGAUAAAAUAAACAGUAAUAAAGACAUGUGUUGUUUUUCUAAAAAUUCAAAUAAUAGGAUAGAUAAUGAUUUUUCUUUUUUUUUUAACAAGAAUUUUUUCGAAAAAAAUAAUGAAGAUAUUUUGUCUUAUUUUUAUGAAAGGAAUGCAGAAUAUAAAUAUUUAGAAAGUAACAUAUUAAAAGGAGAAGUUAAUUUUAAUAAUAUUAUAAGAACGGAUAAUGAAAUACAGAAUAAUUGGAAAAUUUACAAUUAUUUUAUUUCCUUUUUUACAAAAAAAAAGAAUACUAAUAAGCUUAAAAUAAAAAAAGGAUAUAAAAUUGAUAUAUUAUUAAAUUUUUCUUACAUAAACAAUAGUCAUAAUGAUAAGUUAAAUUUUCUACAAAUAGACACACACGUAUAUAAUUAUCACAACAGUUUAAUAUUAAAAAGUAAAAAAAUGCAUAUGAAAAAUAAAAAUUAUGAUUUUAUAAAUAAUUUGCAUUUAAUUUUUAAUGCCCCCUUUUAUUUUUUUAAUUUAUUUAUUCAUAAUAAAAUAAAAUUGUAUUUAAUAAAUGAGCAUAUAUAUACUGACUCAUUUAAAAAAAUAAGAAUAUAUAUUUUCCCAGCAAUACAAAUGAUUGAUGCCAAUAUUGUUGUAUUAGUUUAUUCUAAUUUUUAUUAUUAUUACAUUUAUAAACACCCUAUUCUUUUUUCUUAUAUUGUUUUUUUAUUAUCCUUUGUAUUGAUUUUUUUUAAUAGCAUUUUGUUUUUAUUUGGAGGUAUGUAUUAUUACCUGUACAACAAUUGA